UAAAAACAAUAAUUAUUUUUCCGAGACAAUUCAAAGAUUAUAAUUCCUAUCUACUCGUUAUUUUCCUUUUACCCGCAGUUCUGUACGAGUACGGUGGGAGACAAGUUUUGUCUAUGGUACAGUCAGCAUAAAUAGCGGAUAAAACUACGCGUCAAAGCACUGGACCGGCGCAGUUGCAGACUUUCGAAGACAUUUCAAAUACAAAAUGGCGUCAGUGCACCACGUGAUCAUCGGUCUCAUUCUCAUCGCGGCUGUGCGGGCAAAGCACCAGCUCUGGAAAAUAUUAACGCCGAUAAUACUUGAUUGUGCCGACAACAACACUUGUAAGGACCUGUGCGUCGUAGAGAAAAUGGGAAUUAUAGAUCGGGACGGACGGUAUGUGGAAAGUAAAUCGCUAGAAUGGAUGAAGCUUUGUAUGGAUAGAGGACCAUUGAGCCGAAGCCAAGCCGAGCACAUCGCUAAAACAUGCAACCGUGUGAAUAAUAAAAAGUAUGAGGACUGUGCUAAAGGCGGCGAAGUGACAACGUGCAUAAAAACAGAAAUGAAGAAGUUGGUUCCAGGCAUAGACAAAUAUCGCCGUAAAUAUUCCGACUGUAUUUGGAUAUAACAAUAUGUUUAAACAGAAGUGAUCAUUUGCUAUUCUCAUCGUGAAACACACUUAUCUUUGAACUACAUACGAGGAAUUAAAUGCUUAUUCUAACGUUAAUCUAAUAAUAUAUUAUAUACUUAAUAAAAAUACUGUUCAACUA